GUUAGAAGAGCGGAAGGAAGUCCAAUCGGAAAUGCUCGUUUAGGCCCUGUUGGCUCCCUCACCCUUGUCAUAUCAGUCAUGGUUUCUACAAAGUAGGCAACGAUCUUUGAGAAUAAUCUUCCCAUGGUAGAAAUUGUCAUCCUCGGCAUGCGAGAGAUCUGGUGAUACCCAAUCCGAUUGGGGCAAAAGAAGUACCUGGGGCCUUGGCAUACAGCCCUAUGUCCAAUGCCUUGGAAGAUUUAUGUUAGCAUAAUAAAUUUAUUUUUUCAUUGUUGCUGGGGUGAAACUAGCAUAUAGACUAGUAUAUGCGCACCUGCUGAGUUGUUCGAAGGGGAACCGGUUAUUCUGCUUUUCUGAUUCUGUCUCAAUGUCGUGAGUGUCGUUGUUACUGUACUACUGCCUUAUUUCAAUCGUAUAUUAUAUGUGAAUAUAUGAGUAGAUAGCACUCGAAAAUGCCCUCCCUGUCAUCUCUGCUACGGACUUUAUGUGCCAUCUCCCUGCUCGGCUUGACGGCCGCCGCCCCGUCCGUGCAGACUGCCCUAGCCAACGGCCCGCGACCGAUCUACGCCAUCGCACACAGAGUUCUCCGAACUGAAGCAGUGACAGCGGCGAUCUCCCACGGUGCCAACGCAAUGGAAGUUGAUCUCCACGGCGCGGACGAAUGGUGGGCUGAUCACGACUGCAAGAAAAACAGUGCCGGCGACACCGCCCGCGAGCUCUUCCAGUUCAUCGCCGAAGAGCGUAGGAACGGCGCCAACAUCACCUUCAUCUGGCUGGACAUCAAGAACCCCGAUGAAUGCCCGCAGUACGAACCAUGCUCCAUCCAGGCCCUGCGGGAUCUAGUCCGCGAAACGCUAGAGCCGGUAGGCAUCCGAGCCCUGUACGGCUUCUACCAAACCGGAGAAAGUCAGGGCUAUAAGGAGAUCCUGCACUCGCUGAAUGAGAACGAGGCUAUUUCCCUCAGUGGCUCUGCUAGGGAUGUCUUUGAGAUGUAUUUUACUACUUCGCGGUCUCUGCCAGUGAGGCAGAGGAUCAUGGACUAUGGACAUGUCAAUAUUCAGAAGAAUUUCGGAGAUUGUCAUGAGCGUGGGGGAACGACUUGUUCGGAGUUGCGCAAUGGGCGCUCGGCCAGUGAUAGAGGCCAACUGGGGAAAGUCUUUGCUUGGACUAGCACGGAGGGGGAUACAAGAUAUGUGGGCGAUCUGCUGAGUGUUGCUCAGGUUGACGGGAUCAUCUAUGGAAAUCAGAAGCAUGAUUAUAAGGACGAAGCCCGUACUAGGAAUGCCUUCUGGGAAAUCCUAGAUUUCGUGAAGGCUAAUCCGGAUACUGUCCGGAUGGCGACGGCGGAUGAUGCACCUUGGUAGGUGAUCUUAUGUUUGGAUCAUUGCUGUCGAUUCCGGCGUUUAUUUGACAAACUUUGAUUAUGAUUAUAUCUUCACUUCUGCAGCUUUGGACGUUUGUUCCUCCCUCGCGCGACACUCAUCGACGUUACGCGAUGAAGGCAUGAAUGGUCAGGUCAAAUCUGCAAAACAAUGUAUAUACCCCAUUUCUUUCCAACCGCUAUAGAAGUUCCUGGAAAGGGAAACAAAUCCAGGCUAGCACGAUCCCCGUAAAAUGGAGUCCAUGAGUCUCUCAAUCGAUUGAACUGAAG